GAGCAGCAACCACCACUCACUCAUCAUUCACCUCCCCAGGCUCGAGCUGAAGCACGAGCUCGUAUCUCCAGUACAGCAUUGUUCUUCUGUUUUUAUUUUAUUGUUGGGAGGAUUUGGGGAACUUCUGAGAACUCGAGGACUCCUGAGAGCUGAGUUGGAUGGACAUGGUCCUGUGUGCUGACUCCAGAGCUAAGUGCUGUGUGUGAACCAAAAACAACAGUGUUCAUUGGUGUUAAAGCUGCUUUACAAACACUUCUGCUCUAAAGAAGAUUUCUCACUGUCCUGCAAGAAGAAGCUGAUUUUCUAGCUGGAGACAUGGCAACCCAACCAGCUGGAGUGAUCGCCUACAUCCGCAGUUCAGGCUUCGCCUCCAGCCCGGAGUCGAGUAUGAGCGACAGCUCCAGCAGCCAAUCGCCUUCAGCGUCUCCGCCCCCGCCCGCAGCCCCGCCCCGCAGAGUGGAGCUGCCCACCGCCGGCGCCCUCAGUGUGCCAAAACCCGCCCCCUCCCGCUCCGAGAGGAACACUCUGUCCACGGCCAAGAGCGGCAUCACCAAGCUGAAUGGGAUGGUGCUGCUGUGUAAAGUGUGCGGAGACGUGGCCUCGGGUUUCCACUACGGCGUGCACGCCUGCGAAGGCUGCAAGGGAUUUUUCCGAAGGAGCAUUCAGCAGAACAUCCAGUAUAAGAAGUGCAUGAAGACGGAGAGCUGCACCAUCGUCCGCAUCAACAGGAACCGCUGCCAGCAGUGCCGAUUCAAGAAGUGCUUAUCGGUGGGCAUGUCCCGAGACGCCGUGAGGUUCGGACGCAUCCCGAAGCGAGAGAAGCAGCGGAUGCUGCUGGAGAUGCAGAACGCCAUGAACAACAUGAUGAACGGCGGCCAGCUGCACAGCGACUGCACCGUGCUGCAGGACUCCGGCUCUUCCUCAUCCUCGUCCUCCUCGCCUCCCUCGUCGCCGCAGUGCCCGCGGGACUCGGAGUCGGUCGUCUCCAUGGAAACGUCGAUGAGCUCCGCCUCGUCCUGUUCGUCGGACAGCGGCGAGGAGGACGCGCUGGGCUCCGGGCCAGCAGGGGGUGCCCUGUCGCCUCCGCUCACCGAGAGGCUGAGCGACAACUGUGUAGACGGACAGCGGCCGUGGAACAACGACGCCGACUUCACCAGCCAUCACAAGUCUCCCUACGACCGCUGCCCGCGGAUCACCAGCGGGUACCACACAGCACCGCCGCAGUGCAGCAGCGCCCCCAGUGGAGCACGAAUGGAUAACAGCGCUUACUGCCAGUACAGCAGACAUAACAUGAACGAGCUCGCCGCACAAGGAGGGAAUCGAGGACACCUGGUGUGUCCUAUGAACACCUCACCUGUCGUAGACCCGUCGAAGCCCAGUCACGAGAUCUGGGAGGAGUUCUCUCAGAGCUUCACUCCGGCUGUGAGGGAAGUGGUGGAAUUAGCUCGACAGAUCCCGGGUUUCCAGGAACUUUCCCAACACGACCAAGUCAGCCUGCUUAAAGCAGGAACGUUUGAGGUGCUGAUGGUGCGUUUCGCCUCGCUGUUUGACGUGAGGGAGCGCACGGUGACGUUUCUGAGCGGGCGGAGGUACAGCGUGGAGACGCUGAGGUCGAUGGGAGCCGGAGAGCUCCUCGCCUCCAUGUUCGACUUCAGUGAGAAGCUGGCGGCUCUGCAGCUCAGCGCUGAGGAGGCCAGUCUCUUCACCGCCGUGGUUCUGGUGUCUGCUGAUCGCACAGGCAUCGAGGACGUGAGCUCCGUCGAGGCUCUGCAGGAGAACCUGAUCAGAGCCCUGAGGAACCUCAUCAUGAGGAACCAUUCCAACGAGGCGGCCGUCUUCACCAAGCUGCUGCUGAAGCUUCCAGAACUGCGCUCCCUCAACAACAUGCACUCAGAGGAGCUUCUGGCCUUCAAGGUCCACCCUUAACUCUGAGACCAGCCUCCCAAAGUCCCCCGGACCCCCUCUUUCCUUCCUCCCGCGGACCAAAAAACGGGGGUUUUAGAUUAAAACUGAACUGAAUGUAUUUACUGCAAGCAGUUUAGGGGUCCAAGCACCAGAGGUGUAGGAAUCCCUGUGUUUUAUAUUGAUUAUAUUAUUACUACUAUUAUUGUCCUUUUAAUUUUAAAGGCUUGAGGAACAGAGUGUUGGAAAUGCUGUAUUUUUCUGUAAAUAUAUAUAUAUAUAUAAAUAUACUUAACAUAUUAUGUUUUAUUACAUUUGCACUCGUUAAUGAUUGCAGUAUUGCAGUAUUGGAGACGUAUAAGAGAUGUUUUACUGUUUAAAAGGACGUCGAGACAAACACUGAAUGAUGUUGAGACCCGUUUCUGACUAAUGGCACAGAACCACUGCUGUUUUCUUGCCAAGUGUUGAGUAUUGAGUCAUAAGCGUAUCGUCACUGUCACGCAAAAGCAAAAAAAAAAAAAAAAAUCACAGUUUUUUAAUAUUUUGUCCAUUUUUUAUGACAAUUGGUCCAGUUAAAUACUCCAAAAUAUGGCUUGGGCUACAAAACAGGUUAAAUUUUAUGGUUUCCAUUGCAAUAUGGCUACCCAAACUGUUCCCACAUAGACAUAUCAUCUAAGAAAGAGCAUUAAAAGGUUAACAGACAGUUUCUCUCUCUGACUCCGGCCACUGAUGCCGAAGAAGCAAGACUUUCUAAGAAUUUCUAAAUAGUGAUUCCUUGAGCCACUAAGUAUUUUGGUAACGCUUCCUAUGAACCCUGUAUUCAUAAUGCACUAUAUGACAUGCAUAAUUCCUUAUAAUGACUGUAAUACGCCAGUAUUAUAGUUCAUAAGUUCUUACAGGGACAUUCAUAACACAUUAUAAACUACAAGUAUAAGGGUUUAUAAAGAAAGGGUUCAUAAGAACAUUGUACAAUGUAGUCUUGCAGACUUUAAGUGAAGUGAGCACUUGAAGGCACUUAAAAACACACUUUACUUAAAGCCAGUAAAGAGCACUUAUAAUGCUCUAUAAGACAUUACAACAAGGCAUAAUACAAUACAAUCCCACAAAUUUGAACAAUGAUACAGCGUCACAGUCACAAUUAAUUCAUUCUUUUAAAUAUUUAAAACUUGAUGUUUCUGGAUUUUAUUUUUUGUCAGAAAAAAUCCAACUUAGUGUAAAUGGGCCUCAACCUUCUGUGGCAUUAAUUAUAUUUUUUGGGAGAAAAGACAUGCAAAAGUUUACAAAACAAAUGUAAGAAUAUAGCAAGAAUAUAAAUAUAUAUAUAUAUAUAAUAUUUACAUAUUCUUGCUCAUAUAUGUACAGCUAUGGAAAAAAUUGAGUUUCUCUGAUUUUGCUAUUUAUAGGUUUAUGUUUGAGUAAAAUGAACACUGUUGUUUUAUUCUAUAAACUACAGACAACAUUUCUCCCAAAUUCCAAAUAAAAAUAUUGUCAUUUAGAGCAUUUAUUUACAGAUAAUGAGAACUGAUAAUUGACUGAAAUAACAAAAAAAAGAUGCAGAGUUUUAGACCUCAAAUAAUACAAAGAAAACAAGUUCAUAUUAAUAAAGUAGUUUUAAGGGUUCAGAAAUCAAUAUUUGGAGUUUUUUUUUUCAUGCAUCUUGGCAUCAGGUUCUCCUCCACCAGUCUUACACACUGCUUUUGGAUAACUUUAUGCUUUACACUCCUGGUGCAAAAAACUAACUUUUUUUUUAUUUAGGAAAAUAAAAGAAACUCAUUGUAUUGGACGUGCACUGAGCCAAUCAGAAGAAGCCCAGAUAUGAGUUUUUUUUUUGUUUUGUUUUUUGCGUGACAGUGGUUACUAUGGCUGUUCUUAUGCUUGCUUUUUUAUGUGCACUACUCUUUUUUUACCCCUGUACGGAAUAAAGAGGGGAUAUUACGCAGAUGAUCAGAGUUUCUGGACUAUGUGCAAUAGGUGCUAAUGCGAUGUUGUAUGUGUAACUUCUUUUUGCAUCCUUUUAGAAAAAAAAACGACUCCAAAUGUAAAUGUCACACAGUUGUCUUUGUGUUAUUAAUGUUAUUACUGUUAAAAUUGACGUUAUGUUUGUUUUAUUCAUGAAUGUAUGACGGCUAGCAGCCGGGAUGCACUCCGGCUCUGCGUUCGCUUUGAGUUUAUUUUAUUUUAUUUUUGUGGAUGCGCUGCUUUUUGCACAUGGUAAAGUGGAACAGAACGGAACGGAACUGAAAAAACAAGCACAAAUUACCGUUUUUACAUAUCUGUAUUAUCUAUGCAGAAGCCCCUGGCAUCACAGUGGUAUGAUACAGACUGGCACUCAUUGGUCUGUUGACUUAAAAGACUGAUUGGGGUCGUUUUAACAGGAUUAAAGAAGAAGAAUCGAAUUCAGUAUUCGGAUUAACGCCUGCCGUUCGUCUUCCGUAAGAGAAAAAAUACAGGAAACCUGCAUGAAGCCUGAUGAUGACUCGUCAUUCCUGCAACUAACAGAAGGGAUUCUGUUAUUUACGAAGCAUAAGAAGACAGGAAGACGCAUACGGAUGGCCUUUUUUAUAACGACUUGAUGUGUUUUAAUCCAGUCAGUAUGGGAGUAUGGGAGGAGUUUCUCCAGGAGCUCUGUAGCUCCGCCCCUUUUCCACCCCCCUUUUAUCACUAUGCAGCUCAACAAUGCGGAUUAACGCUCCUGUAACGAGUUACAGACCUAAAAUCUCCAUCAUUUCUCCAUUUUUGUCCACAUCUGCUCUGUUGUGUUCUUCAGUUUCAGAUAACUCUCUAUAUAUAAAGUGUAUAGCGUAUGAAUAAAUAUCUAAAAGUGAA